AAAUUCGCGCCCAUUCAUUCGAGUCGAAUCCUUUUGAUGUUGACUCAGCAAUCGUAUCAAAAAUAAUUUUAUACAAAAAUACGCAGUAAACAUCAAACCAUAUCAACCAAUGAAGAGUUAGAUGUGCGUUCUAAGCUUGACACUGAUUGGUUUAAUUUCCGUCAAACGCUUGAAAUUUUCCCGCUAGUUUUGUGCGACGCUGUUUCCAGCCAGUCAUAUCGGAGAACCGGAGGGUUGCCGACGCAUGACGCGUGUUUUCAUGUGAAUUUUGUCGUUAUGGCGACCGGAUUCGUGGGGUCUACGAAGAGUUUUCCAUUUUCAUUCGAUGUGGAUGUAGAGGAUGACGAGCAGGGCAGGUCCACACCGAGGCUCAACAAGCGCAUCGGGAGCGAGAGCCCCACGAGUGCAGUGGGUGCGGAGGCGCCCCGGGAGCUCCCCAAUGAGCUGUCAGCCCCGUACGAAGUGCCACAGUUCCCCAUAGAGCAGAUUGAGAAGAAGCUGCUCAUACAGAGGCAGUUGAAUGUCAAGGCAGCAGAAUGCGGACAGUCAGUACGUUCGUUCGGUGGCAGCGAGGCAGGUGGAGCUGGUGCUGUGUUCGACGAGAGGCUGCGGUCCGCUGAUGAUGACGAGACCGACUUCGUGCUGCCACACUUCCAAAGAGUUGCCAUCAGUGGAGAGGAUACUUCUGGAGUCCCGCUAGAAGAUCUCCAACAAGCAUCCUCGUACCUGGUGCAGGCGCUGGAGAUGCGCAAGCGUUACAUGGAGAUGUCGCAGCAGAGCUAUGCCACCAUCACGGCGCGCUUCGUGCGCAGCACUGACGCCAACGCGCCCGCCUACGUGCCCAGCGUGCAUGUGCAGAAACACAUCGCUGAUCAUAUUGUCCACCCACCAUUUAGGGCGGGCAAAGAUCCUUGGGAGUGCCCCAACCCUGAGCCGAAGGACUACGUGAUCAAGCCGGACAAGGGCGUGUUCAACCUGUACAAGAAGGGCGCCAACGGACAGGAGGAGCGGCUGCCGUACGAGUACAUCACGCUGCAGCAGUUCAUACAGGACAAGAACACCAUGUGCAACAUGAUGUCCGAUGGACCACUCAAAUCGUUCUGCUACCGUCGCCUGUCGUACCUGUCGUCCAAGUUCCAGCUGCACGUGUUGCUCAACGAGCUCCGAGAGCUCGCCUCGCAGAAGGCCGUGCCUCACCGGGACUUCUACAACAUUAGAAAAGUGGACACUCACAUCCACGCAGCAUCCUGCAUGAACCAGAAACAUCUCCUGCGCUUCAUCAAGAAGACCCUGAAGAACCAUGCUGAUGAGGUGGUGACCCUCCACAAGGGCACCCCGAUGACGCUGAAGUCAGUGUUCCAGUCUAUGAACCUCAGCACCUACGACCUCACUGUGGACAUGUUGGACGUGCAUGCCGACCGCAACACGUUCCACCGCUUCGACAAGUUCAACGCCAAGUACAACCCCAUCGGUGAGAGCAGACUGCGCGAGGUCUUUCUCAAGACUGACAACUACAUGAACGGGAAGUACUUCGCUAGGAUCAUCAAGGAAGUAGCAUCAGAUCUCGAAGAGUCCAAGUACCAGAACGCGGAGCUGCGUCUGUCGAUCUACGGCAAGAGUCCGGGCGAGUGGGCCAAGCUGGCCAAGUGGGCCAUUCAGUACAACGUCUACUCCGACAACGUGCGCUGGCUCAUACAGAUACCGCGACUAUACGAUAUCUUCAAGUCGAACAAGAUCAUGACGAACUUCCAAGAGUUCCUGAGCAACAUCUUCCAGCCGCUGUUCGAGGUCACCAGGGACCCCAACAGUAACUACGAACUGCACAAGUUUCUUACUCACGUAGUGGGCUUCGACAGCGUGGACGACGAGUCCAAGCCAGAGAACCCAAUGCUGGACGCUGACGCCAAGAGUCCCGAGGAGUAUGAUGAUGAGGAGAACCCGCCGUACGCGUACUAUCUCUACUAUAUGUACGCCAACAUGACUGUGCUCAACCACUUCAGGAAGGAGCAAGGUUUGAACACGUUCGUGCUACGCCCUCACUGCGGUGAGGCAGGUCCCGUGCAGCAUCUCGUCUGCGGCUUCCUGCUCGCUGAGAACAUCUCCCACGGACUGCUGCUUAGGAAGGUCCCAGUCCUCCAGUACCUGUACUACCUGGCCCAGAUCUACAUCGCCAUGUCUCCGCUCAGUAACAACUCGUUGUUCCUGAACUACCACCGCAACCCUCUGCCGGAGUUCCUGGCUCGAGGGCUCUGCAUCACGCUCAGUACUGAUGACCCGUUGCAGUUCCACUUCACUAAGGAGCCGCUGAUGGAGGAGUACAGUAUCGCGGCGCAGGUGUGGAAGCUCAGCUCCUGCGACAUGUGUGAGCUCGCCAGGAACUCCGUGCUCAUGUCCGGGUUCCCGCAUGAGAUGAAGCAGUACUGGCUUGGCCCCAACUACAUGAAGGAGGGAGUGGCCGGCAACGACAUCACGCGCACCAACGUACCAGACAUUCGCAUCUCCUUCCGCCAUGAGACCCUGCUCGACGAACUCACCAACAUCUUCAAGGACGGUAUGUCAGCUCGGAGAUAAACAACAUCCACAGACAGGACAGUGGAUGAACAAACAAACAUUCAUAUAUACUAAAGUCAAACUUAGACUGUAUACUAACCAAUAAUUAUUGUUUUUAUAUAUAAAUACGUAAAACCAGGGCUGCAGUGCCUAUAAAUAAAAAUGUUUAAAAUAAGGAUAGACCCUAUAGUUGACCCCUUGUGAUAACUAGGCGAAAAUGAAAGAUUGAAAGUGCCAUCGCAUUGUUUUAUAGAAUGAUCUGCUGCUCUUGAAUUUAUAGAAAUUAAAUCGAUUUGUGAACUAUGAAUGUGGAUGAAUGAUACGUCAGAUGAUGAAGAAGGUGAUGUAGCUAGUGAAACGUUUAAUCUUGCUAAUGGUACCCCAAAGUGACUAAAAUGUUUGAUAGAAGAAAAGAGAUAUAUGGAAAGUUAAGUUUCUAAACUGCCAUGACAUAUUGCAUUUACUAUAUAUGAUGAAAAUGAUAUUUAAGUAUUGAAGAAACUAACAACAUUAAAUGUAUAGGUUGUAAAUGAAUUAGUGUACUCAAAGUCUUUUAGAAAAUUCUUCAAAUUAUGACGAUGCAUUCACAUUCCUAGUUCAUAAUAUUUUUCAAAUCUUACCUUAUUACCUAACUAAGUAGAAUUUAUUGUGGAAGCUUUUUCAAUUGUACAAUUUUAUAUACAUUGUCAUGAAGCCGCAGCUCACACUUCAUCACCUAUGUCCAAUCACGUUGGUAUUUCUUUAAAUAGACCAACGAUUUCCAAAUUAACUUCUUUUUCUACUUUCUUGAGAUGUCCUUCUGUUUUAUCCGUUUCUAAUACAUGAUUCUCUUCUUGGACAUCUCUAGUCUUUCCUACUCUUCGUAAAUUAUUCCAACAUAUGAAUUUUAUCAAUGGAAAGCCCAGGUGCUGUUCUUUAAGCGAUCAGUCUCAUUUGGUUUCAAAAUAUGAGACUUCGACUUCUCCUAAUAAAUCUUCAUCCAUGUCUUUGAACUCAAAAUUUUAUAAAUUAACAACAUUUCUACGAAUUUAUAUACAUGUAGUCCAUUUCUAAUCUCAUCCUCAUCAUCUCGAGUGUCUUACUAAGAAUAUCUAUUAGCUUAGCUUACGUGAGCUGCCGGCCUUAGCUUAUCUGGUUGUAUAGUCUAACCAUAUUGUGAUCGUCUAACUUGUGUUACUGUAACCUUUCAUGUAUGAAAUAUGUUAAUAUCUAUUGUAUUUUUAUUGUUAUUGAAACUGUAUUCAAGCGCAUGUCUAAAUAUUUUAAUAUUUUUUUGAACUUUAUCAAGGUAUUUGUGUCUUUUUGUGUUAUAACUCUUGUGAAACAAAAAAUUAUUACACAAGACGACGUUAACGUUACACAGUGCUGUUCAUAAUUAUGUGCUCUCAAUGUGGCUUGAAACUGGUCGAGUUACCUCGUCAGUUACUUGCGCAAGGAAGCCGUAGGGUGUAACUAAUCUAGUUCGAUUAUGGGAUUGUGGCUUGAAAGCAGUUUCAUUAAUAAUAUCUAACGCAUUUUUGUGCUUCUGUCCAAAUGGUAUGCGAUUGUGUCUGUACCUUUUGUGUGAUGUUUUUUAAACCAAGAUUAUUAACGUUAAUGCAGAAUAAAUUUUAAUCAUUUAUACCU